CAUGCGCUUUCGAUUUCAGAACACAAACAUGUCUGCUAGUUGUUUAGCUUUAUGAGUUCUAAAGUUUGGACGCCGAAUUUGCGAAAGCUUUUUAAUUUUUGCACGAAUUUGAGUUCAGGUAUUCUUGAGAAGUUCUCAAUGUGGGUAUACGCGACAAUGGAUUGUUUAAAGGGGAUUUACAAUGGUAUAGGAAUUCGAUUUUUUAUGAUGGCUCUCAUAAGGAUUUGGACCCUAAUAAUGUACGUUUUGCGACGAAACUUAAAGAAGGUAAGCUGGUGUACUUAAGGUGUGCAUGAUUUCACCAAGUGUCGAGAAAUUCGAUCUUAUUUGUUUGCUUUAACAUAACAAACGUUUAUGCACGCAAUUCAAGCUUGCCAUGGCACGCGGCUGUAAUAUCAGUAGAUCGUGUGUGCGCCAAUAUAAGAUUUUAGAUCAAUGGAGUUGCUCACAUUUUCCUUAAUGAAAUAUUGAAUUUGACCAGACAUAAUUUAUAGCCAGCCUCUGAUUAAGUAUUGACUUAAUGGUACUAGAUUUGUUCCUUCCAAAUAUAAUUUCGCGUGUUUGUUGUCGGAUAAACAAGAGAUUGUAAUCCCUUUCACAAUAAACUGUCAUAAGACUACAUCCAUCGAAGCAUGUCAACAGGAAAAUGGAAGUGCUCAUUAUUUCUCACAAUCAGGUUACUAGCUCUGAUUUUCAGAGAAAUCAAUGGGUUAGUUUUCUGUAAGGUUUUGUGAAAAUGAAACUGUGGAUUGAGAUUAAUUUCUUUAGAUACAGUUGCAUUUACAUUAUGCAAGAAAACGCGAUUUAUCCACCAGAAUCGAAAGUUCGUCGUGAUCAAACAUUUUAAAAUGGAAUUUUGUUCGUUGAAAAGGUACUGCAAGUCGUUAGAGGUGAAUUUAAAAACAUGGUUAUUUUAUACACCACAUCGCAAAGUUGUUUCAUUAUUUUUUUAAUCACUCAGUGUAGUGCUGUGAUACAUAUAAAAAUAUUCUUUACAUUGUUAUGGUAACCUCUGCUGCUGAAAAGACUGUUACCAUCCUCUGUUGCUACCUUUGCAACACCUACAGUAUCUUCCAAACAGUAUUAAUGAGUUGUAACUACUGCUUGGGUCUUGUUUAUGGCAGAAGUUUGCAUGUUUUUCACUUCUAACAGCAAAUCAAGAACUGUUUUGACUCAAAAUAUUUCUCUUUCAUUUCAAUUUUAUUUUUUACCCAUAAUUUAUAUUCCAGGUAACAUGAGAUCUCUUCAAACACCAGAAGUAUUUGCAUGUUCAGUUGAAAUCUAGUGUGCAAGCAGGUCUGCAUGCAUGUGAAAAUCUUGAUUUCUGAGUAAAACUUAAUGUGUGCCUGUCAUUUUUUCCUUGAGGAUAAGUUAUUUAAAUGGCCUUCUUUCAUUGGAACUUGCUUUGGGAAAAGAUGAUUCAUAACAUUUUUGUGUGCAUUGUGUUUGCUUUUUCCAUUUUUGCUAAACUAUGUGUUGCCACGCAAAACACCCAGAUGACAAUGUGGUAUUUAAGUUUACAUAUAUUUUUCUUCUUAUUCUGCAGGUUAUUCAACACAAGACUGUUAAAUAUCAAUUGCUUCCUCUGUCACCCAUAUCAAUUGAAAGAUUAAGUAAGUACUCUACAUGUACAUGUACCUGUUAAUACAAAUAGGGUUCUUGUCAUCAGGGUUGUAAUAAGAACCAUUUCUAGCCAAGCUGCUAUAGUUCUCAUCAACACUUUUGUAGCAUAGGUAGAUAUAAAAUACCAGACUGUUCUCACAAGAGAUGGGCAUUGUGUUAUGUUUUCAUGUUAUACAUGUAUUCUACUCAACCGAAAAGUGAAAAAAUAAGCAAACUUUUGUGAUUGGGAAGAUAAUGGCUUUAUUUCACCGAAAUGAAAAGAUUGCUUUUUAGUAUAGGGAAACUGGGAUAAGCUCUGGAUCUGAAUGGAAAUUAGCUAUAUAAAUUUCAAUUCAGUGUUGAAAGAAAUCCUGGAUAAUGCUUUGCUUUUGCUUUACUUGUGCCACUCUCUCAACCAAUCAGAUCCAUAACUAAAACCAAUCACUUGGUCGCUUGUGUUUUCCCUCACUGUAGGCAGCCUGGUUGUCUUUACUUUAAGUUCUCAUUGUCUCUUAAAGAUACUUAACUUUCUUUUUGAUUGGCUGCUGUGAUUACUUUGGUUUUAGGUUUACAACACUCAAUCAAAAAGCACUCUACAAUUGAUAAGCUACAUCUAAAAUUAUGUCCAUCUGAGGGAGAAGUUGGAAAGUGUUGACUUCUAAUGCAGGCAUUUAUUGUGAAUGUGAACUUGGGUGUUACUACUUGAUUUGUUUUAAUUGCAAUGUACUUGUGUUUGUAUGAUAACCAGUGCCUGGUAUACAGAAAGUUGUUUAACAUUGUAAAACUGUAUUUACAGGACUAGUGAAAAGAAAGACGUUAGUGCUUGACCUUGAUGAAACUCUCAUUCAUUCACAUCAUGAUGGGUAUGAAAUGCCACUUUAUACAUUUCAAUAUCCUAAAUUGCAUAAUGACUUGCUCAAGUGUGGUGUCAAACUCUGUAGUUGUUUGUAAAAAUGUUUUUUCCAACUACAGUGUAUAUACAUUGUUAAGAUAUACCAUGCAAGUGAAUAUUACUUUUUGCAUGCACUGAUUGGACAGUUUAGAAGUGAAGACCAAGUACUAUUCACCUCCAAGCAGCUGCUGAGAAACAUUGCACAAAUAGUAAAUGAUUAUUUACCUUGUGGCUUUGUGCCUUGUCAUCAAGGAAAACGUACCAAUUUCGAGUUAGGCUCUGUGGUCCAAUAUAAAACUAUGGUGAAAGUGGCAAAUAAUUAUUUACCUUGUAGCUUUGCGGCUUAGAAAAUAUCCACUACUAUAUACUACCACUUUGGUAAAUAAUUGUUUAUUAUGGCUUGUUUAUUAAUAAUUAAUUUUAACUAUUUUUCAGUGUUGUACGACAGACUGUGAGACCAGGGACACCUCCAGAUUUUGUACUGCGGGUAAGUGUUGUAUUUUGUUUAUCUCCAGACUUUAUGAAGGAUUUCCCUCAGGACAUUCAUGGAUCCCCUUCCGAACUUAAAUUACUAUGCAAAUGUGUACAGGCUAAUACUACAAUGUAAAUAUCAUCUCUCUUUUUUGCUGUUUUUACAGGUUACAAUUGACCAUCACCCUAUCAGAUUUUUUGUUCACAAGAGACCUCAUGUGGACUUCUUCCUUGAAUGUGUAAGUAUCUGAAACAGUGUUCUCCUUUUCAGACAGUAAAUGGUGAAGUUUACCCCCUGUAAUACCCCUCAUUACUGUGUUAGAUCACUUGGAAUGCUUGAAAAUUCAACCAGUGAAAUGAUUGCACUGUGGUUUAGUACCUUUGCUACUCGGCAUAGGGGAGAACACUGCUCAAAUGUGCAUGUGAUUUGACAAUAUUAUAUACAACUUUCCUGGCCAUUGUUUAGGUUGGCACUAGGGAAAGCCAAUUUAUUUGGGCAAGAUGAAAAAGAAAAUUCAGCCUGAGGGGAAUGUCUUGGGGCACUCUGCAAUACAAGAUAAUAAGAGUGGUUUGAAGAGUUUUUCGCUAAAGAAACAGGGAGAAACUUGUCUCCAUUUAAUAUCAAAUUGGCAACUUUUCUUCCCCUGUACAAAGCAAUCCAUUAAUCUUAUGCAGUGUGAAGUUUAUUUUCUAUGGAAACAGCUACUCAGUAACAUACAUUGUAUCUAUUCACUAGACCAAACACAUUAAAAAAUAUGCAAUUAAUAUGACCAUUGUUCAGCAACUAAUAAUUAUUCAUGAACAGAAUGUUUUCCUCAAAUGUUUUAUAUAAAAAUACUGAGGCAUUAUGACUUAAAAUAGCUGUAAAUGCAGCAACUCAGGCAAUAUUUUCUACUUAUGUCAGAGUAUGAUCAGAAGAAUAUGUAUAAUUCUGUGUAUGGAUGUUGAUUCUUAUUACAGGAGAUUAACUUGAAUUGUUAUUUUGUUUGCAGGUGAGUCAAUGGUAUGAUCUUGUGAUCUUUACUGCUAGUAUGGAGGUGAGAGCUUAUAAACCUGGUGCUGCUAUAUUUAACCCUUUCACUUCCAAAAUCCAAUUCAUAUUUCUCCUUGCUUUCUGCCAUAUUAAUUCUUAUGAUGUUAGUUUAGAGAAUCUGAUAUUCAAUUAAUUGAUGAUUCCUUUAUGGUAUUUUUCUUUAUUUGCAUCACAUGUCUGCUUAUUAAUAACGUAUACAAUCUUGUAAGGAGACAUUCUGUCCUGGUCUCUUUUUGGAGUUAAAGGGUUCACUUUCACAUGUGCAUUGACCAUUAGAUGUGAUCUGAAAAUAGAACAAGCCUAAUUCAUACAUGUGCUUAUAUCUAAUAUCCUUUUGUCUUAAUGAAAUUUAAAAGGUUUACCAUAUGUAAGUUGGCAAGUAGAUGAUCUUAGUUUUCUCACUUUACUCUAACUUUUUUUGUAUCUCUGGUAGAUCUAUGGAGCUGCAGUUGCAGAUAACCUGGAUAAAAACAGAGGGGUGCUAAAUAGAAGAUAUUUCCGACAGGUAAUAGUGUCCGCAAGUCGGAACAUGAUUUCAGAUCCUUCAAAACCCAGAUUGUGGUCCUGUAAUGGCUUGGUCUUUCCUGUAAAGUUAAUUAUUGUAUGACCUGGUUGUACAGUCUAAGUUAUGGUUUUAGGCUUGGUGGGUCCUUGUAUUGGGAGACACUAUUCCACCACUGUUUCUUUAUCCACAGUAGUUGGUAAAACUGGAUAAGCUUCCAGGAGCCACCUUCAAAUUACUUCAUUUGAGCUACAUUUCCCGGUGCUCUGUGUAAUAAAACUGAGAUAAGCUCUUGUCAUCUAGUAAAACAAACCAAUUUUGAGGUAAGCUCUGUGAUCCAACAUAAAAUUAUGGGAAGCAAUGGUGCACCUUGCAGUUCUGGGGAAUGACCAGAUGUUUGAUAGUUCACUUUUCUGUAGCUGAUUACUUGCUUUUUCUUCACUCAAAUUGUCUUUUCAAAUUUUUUUUGUAGCAUUGUACUUUAGAUUGUGGUAGUUAUACUAAAGAUUUAUCAAUGGUCAAUGAGGACCUCUCUUCAGUUUUUAUUUUGGACAACUCACCUGGUGCUUAUCGAUACAAUCCAGGUAUUUAAGUUAUUUGAUUUACGUUCUACUCAUCAUGGGUUUGUAUUUGUGACAUUUACAGGGAUAAGAGCAGAGUAAUUUUAAUGUGGAUUUGGUUUACUGUUUCCAGGGCUCGAAAUUAGCACUUGCAAACUUGCAAAAUGCUAGUGAUUUUUCGAAGUUGCGAGUCUAAAAAAUAUCCUCUAGCAAACUAGGUUCCUUCUUUUGCUAGUAAAAAAAAUCUUACUUGCAAAACUUUGCUAGUAGACAAAAAAGUUAAGUUCGAGCCCUGGUUCCCCAUAGUUUCUAAUAAACUCUAGCAAUUCCCAGAACCAGGUUUGUAGAAAGCAGCAGACAUAGCUUGUCCUGGUUAAAUCAAGUUUGGUUACUGAUAUGCACUCUCAUUGCCCCCAUUAUGUUAUUAAAUUCCACUGUUUCCUAAUAUGGGACUUUUCAGAAAAAAAAGGGGGGUAUUAGAGAGGGAGCCUAUAAGAGAGGAGGGUGUAGUAGAUAGGGUGGCUUAUUAGGAACUGGGAUUUAAAGGAAAGGAGGCUUUUCAGAGAGGAAGGCUUGUUAUAGAGGGGAUUGAUAGAAAAAGGGGAGUAAUAGAGUGGGGGGGGGGUUAUUUAAGAGGGGGCAUAUUUGAUUUGACUAGGGAUAGGAGCUGAAAAGUAGAGAUGAGGCGUUAAGGAACAUAAAAAACUUUUUACUGUAUUUCUUCUCUUUAUAGACAAUGCCAUCCCAAUCAAAUCAUGGUUUGCAGAUCCUUCAGAUACAGCAUUAUUAAACCUAUUGCCUAUGUUGGAUGCACUAAGAUUUGUGACCGAUGUAAGGUCCAUACUCAGUCGGAAUCUACAUCUUCACUCAUUGUGGUAAACCCACAUUGGCCUGUUGCUGUGUUGUUGCAGAGUAGCACAUUUACUGUAGCUAACCAUGCAUGUGGUUGCUGGCCAAGAAAUUGCCUGUAGAAGGAAAUGUUUUGAGAAAUAGUUUAUAACUUCAAAGGUUGUGUAAUGCACAGAGUCACAGAGAUGUUUUUGUUUCAUAAACCCAGACAUAGUGCAGACCUGCUAUCUUGUAUUUCAACAAGAAGCAAACUCUGACUUUCAAAGCCAAUGAAUCCUUUUUCUUCUCUGUUAAUCAGUCAUAACAGACAUCUAAAGUCAAGAGCAAAAAAUUAGAUUCAAAUUCUUUGUAAGCAAUUCUAUGAAAAUGAUCCUUUGAAUCUUUCAAAAAUAUCUCAUUUAUUUCCCAAGAUAUUCACAGCAUUGAAUGGUGUUUCAACACCCAUUCUGCGUGUCACGGAAGUUAACAUUUUAGCAAGUGAUGCAGUACUUUACUUCGCUCUGUGAUUGGUUCAGAAAACUCGUGCCUCUCUCCUCAACCAAUCAUAUACAAAACUAAAAGCAACCAUGACGUGGUUGUUCGCAGUUUCCCGCGUUUCAAGCCGUUUGGUCGGCGUUACUUUGAGUUCUCAUGAGCUCUUUAAGGUAUUUUCUUUUUGUUUACUUUGCUUUUGCUCUUACUUUUGCAACACUUAAUCAAAAAGCUCACUAACCAGUUAUUAAAGUUAGGGUGUCAGUUUUAGUGACACUGAUGGAACAUCAAAGCUAUUUUUCUCAGUUACAUCAGCUUUGGUAGUCACAUGUACAACUAUUGUGGUUCUCGUCCUAUCUGGUGCUAGAAGUUAAGUUUUUACAGUAUUGGUUGUUGUCAUUCAAAGAAUUCCAAAAUACUGACGUUUAAAAGAUAAUUUUAAGCUUCCGAUUAUGAAAUACUGUGUUGUAAGUGGCUCGUCAUGCAUGUUUGGUGAUGCUCCGAAUUCUCAAAUUUUAUGAUUUAACAGUUGGAAUCAUAUCUGUUUGGUUAGGAUAACCAACAAAGGUUAAACUGACUCUCAAAAAAGAAAUAUGCACACGUGGACAUCUGAUUAUUUUUCCUAUAAUAGGGCUGAAUUUAUAGGGGAAUUUAAAGAGCCUCUCUGAGGUGUUCUUUAUCUUUUUGAGAUAAGUUCUUCGGAUAGCUUCACAUUACAUACCUCUCCCUAAUAGAACGUUAAAAGGAAAAGAAAGAGGUAUUCCAAUUUUUUUUGCUUUAUAUGGACCAAACUGUGUGUGUUUUUGUUCUUGAAGGAUUUCAUUUGAUCACAAUGGCAACCUCUCUACUGUUUUUAUCUUUGCGACUGCAUUUUGUGAACGUUUGGUGGACUCUGUGCAUUUCUGCCUUUUGUACAGAUUGUGUUUUUUACGUGUCUCAUGUUUGUACAUAACCAUUAGUUUAUAAUUAUUAAAUAUUGUUAUUAUAUUAAGUAAGGCCUGUAUUAGGAUUAAGGAGAAAGUAAAACAAUAAAUGUGGUAGAUGCG